AUGUCCGACCAUGGAAUUCCGGGGUCUAUAUCAAGAUCCUCCACCCAACCCGUCUCCGCUUCUCCUGAGUCCAUUAUCUCGGCUUGGCGGGCUCGUCUGACCAGUUGGUGGGACCGUUCAUCUUUUACAUCGUACUCGCAAUUACCUCAAGUUCUUGAUCAUCUAUCAUCUCGGCUGGAUUCCGAGACUGAGGAGAUGGCCAUGGAGGUUGCUCGAUUGUCCAAGGCUCGAUGGCGUACAUAUUGGCUAGCUGCUGUACUAUGUUGCGGCGGAGCGCUGUUUGGAUAUGAUUCUGGUGUCAUUGGCGGUGUUCUCACAUUCGACUCCUUUCAAGAAUCUUUCCAAUUCACUGCUGAACAGAAGACUCGUAUCAGUGCCAUUGCAGUAGGCAUUCAGCAAGCGGGUGCGCUAGCUGGUUGUUUCCUCGUUUGGCCAGUUACGAAUCGAUGGGGCAGACGAAUUGCAAUGAUGUUUUGUUCCGUGGUAUUCUGUAUUGGUGUCGUGCUCGAGGUAAUCGACACUCACUCACUUGCAGCGUUCUAUGCUGGACGGGUCAUAUGUGGUCUUGGUGUUGGCGCAUCUGCUACUGUGAUCCCAAUUUAUAUGUCUGAAAUGAGUCCCAAGGAAAUCCGUGGCCAGCUUGGUAGCUGCUAUCAGCUGACAUAUACAAUCGGAAUCCUUGUCUCUUACUGGAUCGACUACGGCGUGGAGAAGAUGCCGUCGAGUGCGAAACAAUGGCAGUUACCAAUUGGACUACAGCUUGUCCCGGGUGUCUUGAUGGGGCUUGGUAUGUUCACUUUGGAUGAAAGUGUGCGCUGGUUGUUGGCCCAUGGCAGGACUGCAGAGGCAUGGCGAAGUCUUGUUUGGAUCCGCGCUGGUGAUGGACCGGCAGUACAAGAAGAAUUCGAAGAGAUGCGCCGGGGUCUUGAAGAGGAACGUCAUGUCACGGCCGGAUUCCACAUGCGUGAACUGCUUGAAGGGCCCAACAUGCACCGUCUGCUGAUUGGCGCCGGAAUUUUCCUGGCGCAACAAUCAACUGGCUCGACUGCUCUCGCCUACUUCGGGCCGCAAUUCUUCGCUCUAAUCGUUGGUCCUGGUGAGAGAAAUCUAUUGCUUACCGGCAUCUUUGGUGCCAUCAAAGUUGUCUCGUGUUUGAUCUUUGUGGUUUUCAUGUCCGACCGGUUUGGACGUCGCCCGAUGCUAGCAGGUGGAGCAGCGUUCAUGGCAGUAUGCAUGAUGGCUACUGCAGCUGUUGUCAAGCACUAUCCGCCUCAGGAUGGUGUGGUAACAGCGGCUGGAGUCGGUACUGUGGCCUUGAUAUACCUUGACAUUAUUGCCUAUAAUUUCAGCUGGGGCCCUCUUCCUUGGCCAUGUACGAGCGAAAUAUUCCCGACUCGCAUCCGUGAGCCAGGUGUCGCGUUUGGUGUUGGCUCCCAGUGGCUAUUCAACUUCAUCUGGAGCUUCUCAACUCCAUAUAUUAUGGCCGGCAUUGGAUGGGCCACGUUUUUGCUGUUCGGAUUACUCGAUAUUUUGAUUGUUCUCUUUACUUACUUUUGCCUGAAGGAGACGGCAGGAAAGACCUUGGAGGAGAUUAAUGAGAUGUUCGAUGGAGUUGAUCCGGAUGCCGAACAAGGUUGGAAGGAUGAUAAUAUGAAUGACAGAGAUGCUGGCCUGGAGUCACAAGAGGAUGAACGGCCACAGGUCCUGGAUGGUGUCGAAUCGGACAAUACAUCCAAAUCAUCCCAGAGCAAGAAUGUCUCCAGCCAUUUGGAAGAGUCACCCGCCGGUCGGGCUUGA